GCUGCCGGUGCUCCCCCCGGUGCGCGCCCCGAGUCGGUGAGGGCCCGGCCCGGAGGCCCGGAGCCAUGGGCUGCAUCGGCUCCCGGACUGUGGGGAACGAGGUGAUAGCAGUGGACUGGAAGGGCCUGAAGGAUGUCGAUCAAAUCAACAUGGACAGCACCAGCUCGCUGCACGGGAGCAGCCUCCACCGGCCGUCCACCGAGCAAACUCGAACCGAUUUCUCCUGGGACGGCAUCAAUCUCUCCAUGGAGGACACCACUUCCAUUCUUCCGAAGCUUAAGCGAAACUCCAACGCCUAUGGCAUUGGGGCCCUGGCCAAGUCAUCAUUCUCAGGGAUCUCUCGAAGCAUGAAGGACCAUGUGACAAAGCCCACAGCUAUGGGGCAAGGCCGGGUGGCCCACAUGAUUGAGUGGCAGGGCUGGGGGAAGACGCCUGCCAUUCAGCCACAACACAGCCACGAGGCCGUGCGCAGGGAUACAGAUGCCUACUCCGACCUCAGCGAUGGCGAGAAGGAAGCACGUUUCUUAGCAGGCGUCAUGGAGCAGUUUGCUAUCUCCGAGGCCACACUCAUGGCCUGGUCUUCCAUGGAUGGUGAGGACAUGAGUGUCAACUCCACACAGGAGCCAUUAGGCUGCAACUACAGUGACAACUACCAGGAGCUGAUGGAGAGUCAGGAUGCCCUGGCUCAAGCGCCCAUGGAUGGAUGGCCUCACUCCUAUGUGUCCCAGGGCAUGUACUGUCUGGGGUCAUCGGAUGCCUGGGAAGCAAGCGACCAGUCUCUCAUUGCCUCCCCGGCCACAGGAUCCUAUCUUGGCCCCGCAUUUGAUGACUCACAGCCCAGCUUGCAUGAAAUGGGGCCUUCCCAACCUGCUUCCGGAUACUCUGCUCAGGAACCUCCGCCUUUGCUGGGGGGAGACACUGACUGGGCUCCAGGGGUGGGCGGGGUGGACCUGGCACGGGGCCCUGCCGAGGAGGAGAAGAGGCCAUUGGGCCCCGAGGAGGAAGAGGAUGCGGGAUGCCGGGACCUGGAGUCACUUUCCCCACGAGAAGACCCUGAGGUGUCCACUGCUCUCAGCCGGAAGGUGUCUGACGUCACAUCCUCAGGCGUGCAGUCCUUUGACGAGGAGGAGGGUGAGGCCAACAACUAGUUUCCUCCCCCGACCCCUGCCUUCCACCCCCACCUGAGGGCCGUGCACCCUCCCUUCCCCCGGCGGUACAGCUGACACUCAGCAGCGAAGGUGGGGAAGUGGAGGAGCAGGAGGGGAUUGUCCAGGCUUACGCUCUAGAACCACAGGGCCAGGAACUGAGACCCAGGCACCCAGAAGGCUGUGAACUUGGCGUGGCUGCGGGAGAAGGGCCCGGGCGGUGGGCUUCUGGGUCUGUGCCCACGAGCCGCCAGUGCGUGCAGCCUGGGGGCAGGAGCGCAGCGGCCCAGCCGAGACUGGACCUCAGUUCUUCACUCCCCGAUUCCGUCUUCCAGGAGUCUUGACUGUGCUGUCUGAAUACCUCCUUUCUCCAUUUCACUCUUGCUUUUCCCGACUGUUUUCUCUGGCUGUGGCCCCAGCUCAUCCCUACUGUGAGGAACAGAGCUCAGGGGCCGCGGGACGCGGCUGGCCGGCGCACAGGGACGGCAGCGACUGCGUGGAGGCCCAGUCUGCCCUCAGCGGGUCAUCUGGCUUCUGAGAUCGGGAGUGGAGGAGGAGGUGGACGUGGCAGCUGGAUUUAUGGGGCGCACAGAUGUGAUUCUUUAUGUCAAGGCCUGCCCACAGACGAGUCACCGAUGAGACCAAGAACCAACACGGCCACUUGUUCUGGGAUCUUGAAUAUCCCGUGGCUGAAAGGAGUAUUCUAAAGGAUCUGGGAAAAGACCCUGCCAGGGGCUGGCCGCUCCAGCUCUUGCUUCCCUUCCUGCCUUCUUCCGUCCCUGCUCUGGGAGCCCGUGAAGGCUCUGUCUGCCCCUACCCACCCCUAAUUCUCUGGAGCUGUUUACACUUUUCUCUUUGCCUUUUCUACAUUUUUAUAACUUCUUGGGGACUCAGGGUUGAGUGGGGUGGAGGGAGGAGUCGGUGCUGUCACUUUCCAGGCUGGGCGGGGCUGCUGGCCAAGGGCCAGGGUGGGCGCUCGUCUACUGCCCCUUCGUCAGCUCCUCACGGUGGCUGUCCUCGCCCCCUGCUCAGGCCUCCUGCCCAGGAAGAGAGACACAGCAGCGGAUUCUUCCUUCCAGGACAGUUUACCGUGAGGCACAAGCUUGCCCUUCCACACCCACUUGCACCCUGGUGGGGACUCUGAGCAGCAUGUGAGCCCCAGCACUACUGUAAGAGCGCAUGCCGGCAGGGGACGGGCAGAGGACACAGCAGUGCCGUGGGACUCCCUGGCCUUUGGCGUAGGCAGUUUGGGGAGGAGAGAGAGGCCUAAGAGGUUCAUUGCCCUAGUUCCCUGUUUCCCCGUUGCAGGCUCCAGCUCCCAGCCCUGGUAUCCUACCCACUCUCAGUCAGGGGUCCUAUUACUUGCAUCCUCUGCAGGGAAGGGAGCACUGACAUCUUCUCCCAGACCCUGGGCACAAACUUCCCCUGACCCCUGGACCCCAGACUUCUAUUGCUUUGGAAUGAGGAGGUUGAGAGUUGGAGGUGUUUCUGUCCAUCUAUGACCCCACCCUGCCGCCAAGUUCAUACUCAUGACGUUCACACACAUGCUUCUGAAAUGCAGCCAGGGCAGGGGGUCUCGUGUCCUCCAGUGGAGGGAGAAUGGUUAUCCUGAGGUUGGUUCUUGGAGAAAACAUGGGAGUAGGUGUGAGCCAAGGUAGGUGCAAUCACCUACUCUCAUGCAGCCUGCACAGAGGAGGCCUCUUGUGCUUGGUAACAUGUCCUGACUCAACAUCCCAGGACCGCAUUUCUAGGAGCGCUAGGAAGUGGUCCAGCAUGCUCACCCUGGCAGCUGUCCCCUGCCCAUCUGCUGCAGGCCCUGGGGUUUUGCAUGCUCACCUGACCUUCCUCCCACGGGGUACCCGGUUCCUCACCUUCUCCAACCUGCUCUAUCACCACGUCAUCUCUUUCUCUCAUCUCCUCCCCUCAGUGCCCGUAUUCUCCCCCAGACCACGGUGGAUGUCUGAUCCAGUGAGCCGGUUCAUUUGUUACAGUUCCUUUUUGCCCAAGGCCCUGGGAGUAGGAAGGGUAGACUAUAGCAGCUUUCCUCCCUCCUUCCCUUUCCCAAGGAACCCAAAUGGUCCCUGACAAAAGAUGACUAAAGGUCUGAAGGCAUCUGGCAGGAUUGAUAGAUAAGCAGAGGCUUGGAGUCCCCAGGGAGUGGGCACGUCACUGUAGACCAGAGGUCAGGUGGGGGCCUGCCUUUUGCAAGGAGCUCCCACUCCACUCUGAAGAGGGAGGAGACCCGAGGAGCUGGCCUGGGACCAUCUUGGGACUCUUCUGGACAGAGGGACUGCCUCUCUGGUGCUGGGCACAGGGUGCAUGGGGAUUUGCUUCUAGCCUAUUUGGGGGAGGGGGGGCAUGUGCAGGAAGAGGCUAUCGGGGGGUGGGAAAGGGUCGCUUUUCCUUUGGGGUUAAAGGCUGUGCAGCACGUUUUACAGCAGUCCUGGAACAGGGCUGUUUUUAUAUUCUUGUGAAUGAAACUGCUCUUGCUAAAUGAUUUUCUUUUGGGGGGGAGGGGUGCACUUUCAUUUUCAAUUGACUUUAUUAAAUGAAAAUCCAAAUCUUCCAUUCCUCCCCUUCCAUUGCCCCCUCCCCCCCACACCUUCCUUCUCGUCCUUGUGUUAAGGAGGGGAUCUGGGGAAUGAGUUUACUGUCUCCUUCCUGUCCCCAUCUGUGUACCCCACACUUCGUCUUCCAGGUCUGGGAAAUAUCCAUUUUUAUGGCCAGUCUUAGCAUGUUUUCUUAAUGUGACAUUCCCACCCCAGGCCCAAGAGAGAUUCUAUGACAUAUAUUACAGAGAGAAUUCUAUAUCAAUAUAUAUAAAUAUUAUAGAUUAUGUACACACGGGCUCGGGCUCGAAAGCCCACCGCGAGCCCCCACCCAGGCUUCAGCGUCUCUCUUGGCCUGGGGCGGGGGAGGGAUGUGAUGUGGAGAGGGCUAGAGGCUGUGUUCAAUGACACUAAACAGAAUGGUGGCA